CAAUUUAAAAAAAGAAUUGGAAGAUAAAAUUAUGGAAAAAUCUUGCGAGUUGGAAAAACGGAUUUUAGAAACUUUGAAGGACAGGAUUCAAGAAGUGCAAGGCAACGUGGACUUCCGUUGGAAAAAUCAAGUGAGGUUGGAGCUUCUGUAGGGUCAGCUUGUCAUCUGCGAAUGAAACUGUCGCAAUUUGAUGGU